AUGAGCGGCACUGCGCUUGUCACCGGCGCCACUGGCCUCCUCGGCAGCCAGGUCGCCCAGGCCUUCGAGGCUCGCGGCUGGUCCGUCGUCGGGACGGGCCUGACGCGCGCAUCGCCGCCUUCGACCAUCAAGCUGGAUCUGUUGGACGCGGCCGCCAUCGAAAAGGCGCUCGACGAGGUGAAGCCCGACGUCAUCGUCCACUGCGCCGCCGACCGCUCCCCGGACUCCUGCUCCACCAACCCCGCCGCCGCCCGCGCCCUCAACGUCGAUGCCGCCCGCACGCUGACCGCCGCCGCCGCGCGCCGCUCCAUCUUCACCCUCUACAUCAGCACCGACUACGUCUUCCCCGGCGUCCCCGGCGACGCUCCCUACGCCCCGCUCGCCGCGACCCAGCCGCCCAACACGUACGGCCUGACGAAAUGGGAGGGUGAGAACGCCGUGCUGGCAGCCGCUGCCGAGCACCGGAACAAGGAUGCCCACCCACGACCUCUCGCCGCCGCGCUGCGCGUCCCCAUCCUCUACGGCAAGGCGGGCAAGCCGUCGGACAGCGCGGUUAACUGCCUGGUCGAGCAGGUGCGCAAGGCGGCGGCGCUGGGCCCGGCCGACGAGAAGAUCAAGAUGGAUGACUACGCGCUGAGGUACCCGACCAACACGGCCGAUGUGGGCCGCGUGUGCGUCGACGUAUGCGCGCUGUACACCGGGCGCGCGGAGCCUGGCCCUGAGGCUCCGGCACGCCUGCCGGAGAUUCUGCAUUUUUCGAGCGAAGAUUGCAAGACGAAGCUGGACAUGUGCAAGGUGCUGGCUGGCAUACUUGGAGUAGGCACUGAGGGUUUGGAGGCGUUCAGGCCGUCUGAAGAAGAAUUGAAGGCGGAGGAGAGGGGCGAGAGGGUCAGGAGGCCUUAUGAUUGUCACCUGGACACCAAGGAGACGAGGGCUCUAGGCAUUGACUGUAGCUGUGUGGAUUUUGCGGAGUGGUGGAGGAAAGAGUUGGGUAAGGCAUAA